UCACCAAGGCCACGCGCAGGAAGCGGCAAUACGGUGACGUGACGCCUCUGGGGACCACUUUUCCGAGACAAUACUGGGCCUGCGAUAUCUGACAGCGAUACGGUGCAAUUUCGAAGGCAGCUACAAGAGAGCAUGGGCGUGCCCUUCGAGCAUUGGGCGCAUAGGAUUUCGUUUUAAUUCGGCGCUUUCGCAUCGCGGGACAUACGGCGGCGUAUUGCGUGUCGUCGUAGCCGUUCGCUGGUGACGUUCUCUUGGGAGCAGGCCAACUGUAGCGCGCGGCGGCGUAAGCGUUCGGGCGGCCGACAAAACCCGGACGCACACUGACGCGGCAGCUCCGACUGAUCACCUUCUUCCAAGAUAGAAGGAACUGCCCUUGGCGUCGGCCUUGCCGACCAUGGCGUCUUCACCAGACCAACUUCUGGAGAACACCGGCAAGGGAACGGCUGCUGCGCAGGCAUGCAAGUCUGGAUCUCAGGUGCUGUAUCGAUACGUGGGAGGUGUCUACCUCAACGUCAUGUAUCCCGAACAAAACGUCCUCUCCGCGUUGUCCUACAAGCCGCUGGACGUCGACCUCUUCGUCGCUAGUUACCCCAAGUGCGGAACGACGUGGACGCAGCACAUCGUAUACAGCAUCCUUCGCAACGGCGCGACACCGACCAACAUCAUGGAAUUCAUGAGCAGCAGUCCAUUCCUGGAAUUCCUGGGGGCAGAAGGCGCCCGCGCCAUGCCUCGGCCCGGGGCCAUCAAGACCCACUUGCCGUUCGACAAGGUACCUUACUCGGCUAAGGCCAAGUACAUCUACGUAACCCGUAACCCGUACGACUGCUGUGUGUCGUCCUAUUAUCACGUAAAGAACUUCCAUUCUGUGCUCUUCGACGGCACGUUCGACGAGUACUUUGACAUGUUCGUCGAAGGAAAAGUUGACUACGGUGACUACUUCGCCCACCUGCUGUCCUGGUACAAACGUCGUCGUGACAGUAACGUGCUAUUUCUGACGUACGAGGAACUCAAGAAGGACCCACGUGACUGCGUGCUCAAGAUGGCCGACUUCAUCGACAAGCAGCAGUAUGGCGACAAGUUGAGGCAGCAACCGGAACUGUUAAACAAGGUUCUUGACUCUAUUAGCAUUGACUCCAUGAGGAAACUCUACUCCCAGCUCGGGGAGUGGGGCAGGCAAUUGGCGAACACGCCUUUGGAAGCCCUGCCCGAAGCAAUGAGGUCGGCAAUGGAAACCAUCAAAGAAAUGUGCACGCAGCCCAUCAAGGGAAACUUUGUGAGGAAAGGCAUCGUGGGAGACUGGAAAAAUCACUUUUCAUCGGAGCAGAUUACGAGGAUGAAAGAGCUGAUUUCUGCGAGGACAGCUGGUAGCGACGUCAUGGAUCUCUGGAAGGAUGCGGACAUUCCCCACUGAUGAAGGGACGUUUGUGCUUGAAUGUAUUUUCUUUCAUUCUUUUUUUAUGUUUCUCAUUGGUCUGUUUUAUGUUUGUUCAAAUGCGCCCUGCUCUUUGGUCCUCGUGUCUGGUGAUAAAAUAAAAUGCU